AGCACACCGCAUACAGAGGAAUACGCGAGUGUUUCUGCUGUGGCCUUGGUGCCUGGCCACCUUGGGGCUGUUGGAUUGCAAGAGACCAUGAAGAAGAGAACCAGAUGUUGGUGUUUGAAAGUGCCCUGCUGGGCCUGCAGAUGAGCGACUUGCUGUGAAGCCAGGAGACAAGGAGACCAGUCCUACUGCAAAUGGAGCUGCCAAGUGAUGCCAGAAGCUGCAAACGCUGAGCAAGCUGUUUAUGGACUGAGUUAUGAGGAUGGUAUUUCUUGUUCUGGAGAAGUUGGAGGGAAAGACUGCUUGGGGCAUAUAAGUGUGGUCCUUGGAGCUGAUCGUGGGAGGAUCUUGCCAUGGGUGCUCAGGUGAGUGGAGACAUGGCCACUGGCAAGAUCCGCCCGUCCCUGGGGUCCUCCAAAACAGCUGAUGGAUUCCAGAGCAAAGCGGUAGCACCUCGUAAUCCGAAGGUCGUAGUCAGGGAGGCAGAGGAGUGUGCAACCCUGACUCCCUCUGCCUUCCUGAAGGAGAUGUCUCUUACCACCGAGCAGAGGCUGGCCAGCAUUCCGGAGAUGAGGCAGCCCCGGAUUAUCCAGCUUCUAGACAUGAGUGAAACCUCCCAUCAAAAGUUCUCAGCAAUUGACCUGGAGCAGAGCUUGUUUCAGCCUUUCCCAUCAGAGGUGGUGUUUCAGAACUACGUCCCCUGCGAGGUCUACGAAGUGCCACUGGUUCUGAGGAACAAUGACAAGGUUCCUCGGCUGGUGAAGGUCGUCUUGGAGAGCUCACCUUAUUUCAAGUUGAUCAGCCCCAAUGCCUUGUGCCGUAAGGUAGCACCUGGCAUGCCUUCAACUUUCCGCAUCCUUUUCACCCCUGAGGAGAACAAGGAUUACUUUCACCAGGUCACCUGCAUCACAGAAAGGGAAAAAUUUAUUGUGCCGAUCCGAGCUAUAGGUGCCCGAGCGAUCCUGGACUUCCCUGACCAGCUGAACUUCUCCAUCUGUCCGGUCAAGUACAGCACCCAGAAGACUCUGCUGGUUCGCAACGUCGGUAAUCGGGAGGCCCGCUACUGCAUCAGCACUCAGAGCCCUUUCUCUGUCGAUCCCUCCAUUGGGACUCUUGGGAUUGGUGACACCAUGCAAGUAACAGUGGAGUUUCACCCGCUGAAGACUGGAGAUCAUUGCAGAUCCCUGAUGGUUCACUAUGAUACAGGUGAAGAUGUUCACACAAGCCUUUAUGGAGCAGCUGUAGAUGUCAACAUCAGGCUAGAUAGGAACUCCUUGACAGUGGAGAAGAUGUACCUCACGCUGUCAAACCACCGAUCCGUGGUCAUCCACAAUCGGAGUGAAAUCAUAGCCCACUUCCAGUGGAAGGCUUUUGUUACUCAGGAAGAGGAGGAUCAUCAGAAGCUGAGGCUGUGUCGCAGGCUGCGGAGGCAGGAAGAGGACGAGAUGGAUUAUUUUCUCAAGGAGUGCGCGGUGGACCCCGCUCUCCGAGAACGCCUUUCCCUUCUCUCCCGCACCUUCCAGAACCAGAGGGCGAAGGUGCAAGGAGACUCCAUGCUUUUCUCUGAUGAUAUCUUCACCAUUGAACCAGUGGAGGGAGACGUCUGGCCAAAUUCUUCGGCUGAAAUUCAUGUGAUCUUUAAACCCCAAGAAGCCAGAGUCUAUCAACAAACAGUCUACUGUGACAUCUCAGGCCGAGAGACCAGGCUGCCCCUGCGUGUCAAAGGGGAAGGCAUGGGGCCCCGGCUCCGCUUCGGCUUUGACCAGCUGGACAUCGGGAAGGUUUUUGUUGGAUCAGUCCACAGCUAUGAGGCGAUCCUGUUUAACAAAGGAGCCAUCGAUGCUGUCUUCAACUUGGUCCCUCCAGCUACAGCUCUGGGCUCCUGCUUCACCUUUCUCCCCCAGGAAGGCAUCAUUUUGCCAGACAGGCUCCAAGUCAUCCAGAUCUCCUUCAGUUCCACCAUCCUGGGGCAGUUCACAGAAGAAUUCAGGUUUAGUGUGGAUGGAUCCCCCAAGCCUGUGACGCUGACUAUCAGGGGCUGUGUCAUUGGACCGACUUUUCAUUUCAAUGUACCUUCCCUCAGCUUCGGCGACGUCUCCUUUGGCUUUCCUCGAACCUUAUCGUGUCGCCUCACUAACACCUCCUUGGUGUCCAUGACUUUCAACCUUCGCAUUCCUGGGGACGGCUCGGGGGAGCCCAGCAUCACCAGUUUUGUCCAGACAUCAGACAACACUUGCCCAUCCUGGAGAAAGGGAGCCCAAGGUCAUGUCAAGGCAACUGAAUUUACCAUAAGGCCCUGCAGAGGGACCAUCCGCCCCCAGGGAUUCCUGGAUAUCCAGGUCACCCUGUGUUCCAACACCGUGAAGCGUUAUGAGCUAGCGCUGGUGGUGGACGUGGAUGGUGUCGGCAAGGAGGUGUUGGCGUUGCUUCUCACAGCCAGAUGCGUAGUUCCUCUGCUGCAAGUGCUUAACCCCAUUGUGACGUUUGGACGGUGCUUUCUAAAAUUCCCCUAUCAGCAGAACCUAACCCUUGUGAACAACAGCGAUCUUCCAGGCUGCUACGGGCUUCUUCCUCAGGAACACAAGGAGGAUGCUGCUGUGUGGUACUCCAGCCCUGUGCCGCGUGGGAUCAUCCAGCCUCGCAGCUCAGUGGAGGUCCCGCUUACCCUGGAAGCCCAGGUGACAGGCGAGCAGGAGACCGUGGCUCACAUCGCGGUGUUUGGGAGCGAAGCAUCCCCACUGAAAAUCCAUUUAGUGAGCAUUGGAGAAGGACCAGUUGUCUAUGUGCAUCCAAGUAAGAUAAACUUCGGCAGUAUCCAAGUUCUACAAGAUGCUUGCAGAACUCUCCGCCUCUCCAAUCAGGCUGUCAUCCCUGCGUCCUUCUGGGCAGAGAUGGCUGGCAAAUGCUCGUGCUGGAGGAUUGAACCCAGUAAAGGAGUGAUCCCUCCUGAGACUGAGGUGUCUUUGACAGUCAUAGUAAACUUGGAUGACACUGAGAAAUUCAAGGAUGAGGUGAACCUGUUCAUCGAGAACAGCCAUACCUACGUCAUCCCUGUCCAGGCUGUUGGCAUCGGCACCACAAUUGUCACUGACAGACCCUUUGCUCCAGAGCUCAACUUGGGACCCCACUUCAGCCUGGAUCCCUGUUAUUACUGCUUCAAGAUAACGAACAAGGGGCGACGCACCCAUCAGCUCUAUUGGACAACGGAAGGUUUUGCCCCAUUUCGCCAGCGUGAUCGCCUCCCUGCUGUCGGUAAUGCCAAGGGCAAAGGUCCCUCCCAGAGCCCCAAACCUGCCAGUCCUGUGUUUAAGCUUCGACCACUGAGGAUGGAGCUGAUGCCAGGCAAGACUAUGGAGAUGAUGCUGGAAGGUUCCUCCAGCACCCCCCAGGUAGUGAAGGAGCGGCUGCUGUGCCACGCCAUCGUGGGGAGCAAGGCAGGGAAGGCACAGAUAAUGCAAGUGGAUGUCACAUGCGAGUUCAUUGCUCCCAUUCUGCAAAUGUCCUCCAGAGAAAUCACUUUCCGGGUGGAGAAGCAACCCAGUGAUGUCCUAACUCUUCAGUACGAGCCUCUUGCCUUAAAAAAUGUUUCCUCCCUGCCACUCAGCCUUGUCCUGGCCUUAGAGGAACCCUUCUUAAUCUGUGGUGUGGACCAGCAGCCCCUCCCUGCAGAUGCUCAGCCCAUGAAGCUGGAAAUAGGGGAGGAACUUCAUCUUUCCAUCAGAUUUAACCCUGCUUACGAAGAGGAUUUGAAUAUCCGGGUAGCAGAGAAGGUUCUGAAGAUACAAUUUCUUGAGCACCCUCAUGAGGAGCAGGUCACCGUUCGGGGAGAAGUGUACUUUCCCAAUCUCUGUAUCCAGACUAUGGCCCUGGACUUUGGCUGCAUCUUGAAUGACACUGAAGAUGUGCGUUAUGUCGAGAUGACCAACUGCAGCCCGCUUCUUGUACAGUACCACUGGUCGUUCCUGACAGACAGCCACGUGUACCAGAUGAGGUUCAGCCCUCCAGCACCUAAAUUUUUCAUCAAGCCCCAACCACCGAAUGAGGAGGAAGCCCGGUGGGAGCGCUCGGCGUCUGUGGAGAGCAGCUCCAGGGAUGGAGGUGUGGAGGAGCCAGCUGAAGCCCCAGGAGCAGUGGGGGAUCUUGCCCAAGAGCCAGCAGAUGCAUAUGACUCCUUGGAAGUGAAGCCACUGCCAUCUGGUGCUGCAGAGCUGGACGGAACUGCAGAGCUGGACGGGGCUGCAGAGCCUCCAAGCCUGGUGAAGAUCAAGGAACUGAUGCAGUUCGUGGAGGCAGAGCCCCUCGCCUUGGGAGCAGAGGAGGUUUUUGACGUCCUGCCGCUGUAUGGUGUCCUGCAGCCAGGCGAGAGCCAGCGGGUCACAUUCACCUUCUUUGGCCAUACAAACAUCGUCGCGCGUGUCAUGGCACUGUGCGGGGUGGAGGGAGGCCCGACCUACGAGAUCGCGCUGAGUGGGGAGGCUUCGCUCAUCAACUACCUCCUGGACACCACAGAGAUCAACUGUGGGCUGCAGCUGUUUAAUGAAGUCACUGAAGCAGAGGUCACCCUGCGGAACAGCGGGAAGGUGGGAUUCACCUAUGUGGUGCUAAGCCCCAGCAUGGCCGCUGCUGCCAGCCCUCUGCCCGGCGUGCCCCUGCUCAUGCCCAGCACAGGUUACCUUGGACCUGGCAAGGAGCAAGUGCUGAAGGUCUAUUACCUGCCAGGAGUGCCUGGAGUCUUCUGCAGGACUUUCCAGAUCCAAGUGGGUCACCUGGAACCAGAAGAAAUCUCCCUGAAAGGAGAGGGGAGCUUUCCCAGGAUCUACUUGGACCUGCCCAGGAACAUCAAAGGAAAUGAAAAAUAUGAGAAGAUCCUCAAAGAGGCGAAAGAAAAGAUGGAAAAAGACAGCCAGAGAGAUGAAGCCGUUGUUUUGGGGGAGGCUGUGGCCAUGGAGCCGCCCACGGAUGACUUGGGCACCCUGUUUGACACCCGGCUGCAGAUGCUGAUGGAGCAGAUGCUGGUAGAGGAACACGCCCUGGAGCAGCAGAAAGCUCUUGCUUCCAGUCCCCCAGAGGACACUGCCUUUGACCAGCGUGCUCGUCACAGGCUUCUCAAAGCUGAGCUGCCUGAGUAUGUCCUGGACUUUGGCUACGUCAUUCUCGGUAACAUCCACACACACAUUGUGAAGAUCACCAACACCGGGCAGUUCCCUGUGUCCUUCCACGCCGAUGGACGGGUCCUGUGUGACACAGGUUUUAGCGUGGAGCUGGACCGCGUGAAGCACCUGCCCUACUGCGAGACAGAGACGUUCGAAGUGCGCUUCGACCCCCAGAGUGCCAACCUGCCGGUGGGAGAGGUGGAUGUGCUUCUGCCCAUCAAGGUGCCGCAACGUCCCUCACCUCCCUGUGCCCACACCACCUUUUGGGGCAGGCAGCAGGUCAGGGACAGCAGCAGAUGUUACUUGGGCUCUCAGCUGGAUGCUCUGUCCUUCACUAGGUAGCAGGAGGUCCCACGUUUCACGUCCGCCUCUGUGCCAACGUGACUGUGCCGUCCCUCAGCCUCUCCAGGGACAGACUGGAAUUCACCGCC